GAGAACAACAACUGCACCAGCCUAUAAAACACUUUGUCAGAUGACACAAUCUUUGGUUGAUUAUUUUGUCUACUUUUGUAAAAGGGAUAGGCCUACGUGUGCUCUGCACAUGAUCAGUACUAACACUAAACUGCAUACUAACCUCAGUAGCCACACUGGCAAUGUCAUUUUACCACUUUUAAUUGAGCACAUUUUGCAUCCGUAGGCUACAAGCAUAAUACGGUAGUCACCUCAGAUAUGAUCAAAGGCGCGGUAGGACUUCCGAACAGGUGUAACGCUGUCAACCAAUCCAGAGGCAGAUAAUUGGUGAGGUGGCCUCCACUGGUCUAGUCCUGCGGGCAACGUUCAGGACAGAGCAGUUCUCCUGGUUUUCUUUUCUCUGCUCGACGACAGCGUCCAGGGUGAAACGACUACAGCUAUGCGCUCUUCAAGUUGUCUGACCCGCUGUGCAAGGGUGAAAGUAUUGGACUAACUUUUAGUUAUCUUUAACGACUGGAAUUUGACUCAACCUAUCCUCAAAAUGAUGCAUUUCCUGCUGCUCUUCAGUCGCCAAGGCAAGCUCCGCCUCCAGAAGUGGUUCACGCCCAUCCCUGAGCGAGAGAAGAAGAAGAUCGUCAGGGACAUGACCACCAUGGUGUUGGGGCGGAAACCACGCUCCUGCAACUUCCUGCACUGGAAAGACCUGAAGAUCGUCUACAAGAAGUAUGCCAGUCUGUAUUUCUGCUGUGGUCUGGAUGCUGAGGAGAAUGAGCUGCUAGCCCUAGAGGUGCUGCAUCGCUAUGUGGAGCUGCUGGACAAGUACUUUGGCAAUGUAUGUGAGCUGGACAUAAUAUUUAACUUUGAAAAGGCUUACUUCAUCCUGGAUGAGUUUCUGUUGGGGGGAGAGGUACAGGAGACGUCCAAACAGGUCGUAUCCCGCUCCAUCGAGGCCUCAGACAUGCUACAGGAGACCAUGGAGGAAUACAUGAGCAAGCCUGCGUUCUAAUACUGGAACCGGGGAUCUACACACACAAGAAGGAAUGUGGAACACAGGACCAUUCCAGAACUGGAAGUCUUCCUACUGUACAGAAUCCAUGGAAUUACGAGUUCCAGAAUUCUAUUUCUAUGACGGAAUUUGUCUGCUGAGGUGGCCAGGAUGUUUUAUCCUGGAUUGUUGUGUUCUAAAUACGGCUUUAUUUUUCCUCGUAAGGUAAGGACGAGACUUUAGCUGUUAUUAUUGAUAUGAUCACCCAUCCCCCUGGAUCCUUGAAGUAGUUACUGAAAACUAGGGUUAUAACAAUCCUAAUAUAUCACCACAAAGUGCUUUUUUUUUUCAAUUCUUGAUUUCUUCAAUGACAUGUUGUGCAUGUAAGAUUAUAUGGAAAUUGAAGAAGUGCCUCUUUAGAAUAUGUAUUUAGACUAGCCUUGUUUUGUAUAAUCUUGGUUGGGACUAGCCUUUUUGGAAAGGGGAUUAUUUAUCUGGGCGAAUGUUACGGUGUGUUUUUUAUAAAACGAAUUAUUGAUUAUGAAUGUUGACGACGUUGGAAUUAAAGUGCAUUUUGAUACUUGAA